CAAAACGCGAUUCGGUUGGUAAACAACGGAGAAGUGCAACCGGGAAAUGAAGCCCGUUAAAAUCCGAAGUUAUAACGGGUCGAAAAAGUUCGGUGUUGCUGCCAAAGACCUGAAAGAGCUACUAAAAAAAGGAUGCAAACUAUUACAGUUGCCAAUUUCAGGUGCCCACGUUUCCUUGCACGAGGAUGGCACAAAUGUGACUGAAGAGUUCUUCACAACUCUGCCUGUGAACACAGAAUUGGUUCUUCUCGCUCGGGAUCAGACAUGGGAUGGCGCUCUAUGCGAGAUUGGAAACCUGCUCGGAUCCGACCAGCAAACCAGUGACCUUAUAAAAGCAGCCAAAGCUCUCCUCUUCGAUCCACAGUCUCCAAAGAGGCGUAAGAUUUUGAUGGACCUUCUGCAGAAGACAGAGGACAGAUCCGAGCUGGAGAGCAGGGACGAUGAUGAGGAGUGGUUUCAAGACAUCAAACCCCGCUUCAAAACCAAGUCAGCCUACAUGGAAGACAACUGUAAGAACAGAAUACGAAGCUACUUGACCGAGGUUAAAGCUGGACGUGAAAAAAUAAAAGACAACGUCGUCGUUGCGAAGUAUUCGAAAAUCUCAGAGUUAAUGGAGGAAAUGCUGAAGUCAGCGAACUACAACGGGUGCUACUUUGACCGGACGAGCAAAGAGUCGAAUUGUCUCUGUACAAAAGAAGGAUGGUUCACCUGCCAGGGAGCGUUUGAUGAGGCAGCGUGCCAGUCCCUCCACUCCAUCAACCCUUACAGCAGCAGAGAGAGCCGGAUCAUCUUCAGCAUGUGGAAUUUGGACCACAGGAUUGAGAAGAAGAGGACGAUCAUCCCGGCGUUACAGGCCGCUCUUCAGGAUCACAAGACCGCCACCAUCAACGUGGACUACUUCUAUCGACUGCUCUUCACGCGGGAAAACUUGAAACUGGUCCACAUCGUGUGCCACAAGAAGAGCGUUCACAACCUGGAGUGCGACGCCAAGAAGAUCUUCAAACAGUCUGCGGCUCAGCCAAAGAAAAAAAAAGCAAAGCGAAAGUGAACGCUUCAAACACACUUAGAAUCGUCAAACAUUUUUUUAAUUCAUUUUGAUAAUGAAUAUGCAUUGUUAGUCAUGAGGCACAAGAUGUUAAGAACAAAACAUGAUGAGCGUUCAGCACUGAAAAGGCAUGAACUACGAAUAAAACAUUCCAUUUGAUGG